AGUUUGACAGUUCAUCGAAGAAAAAAAAAACACUUUUUCUCAGUCUGCGGAGAAGAAUGUCGCAUCAAUGUAGAAGUUUUAUCGUGUUUAUCUGAAACAAAUUAUAUCGAAUUAUUGCUUGCACUUUACUGCUGCAACCAGCGUCGGAUCAAAAAAGUUCGCGACACCGACCAUGUUCUAACUUCGUUCCCCGCGGUAGCAUAUUAUGCAUAGCGGAAUUCCGCUGUACACUCCGAUUCCGCAGCGCAGCAGCACGAUUACCUCGGACGAAUCCGAGAGCGAGGACGUUUCGACGGCGGUGGGACGAAUCUAUUCCGGUGGACGCAACGGCACGAUCAUGAACGGUCAAAAGGGACAACCGCAGCAGCAGCAGCAGCUCCGGGGGCAUGUCAUUAGUGCCGAGAAUGGUCGGGCGUUUAGCAAUAGUUUGUACAAUGGACUGCAGAGUCCGAGCGAUGGGGAGGACGCCAAUGGGGUGUUCCACGCGGACAAUGUGGCCAUCCUGCACGAGGCCGGGUCGAUUCCGGAGCGGAAGAUGUCGGUGCCGAGGAAGUGCUGCUUUGUGGCCUCGCUGUUGGUUUGCUUCCUGUCGUUGGUGCUUUUUCUGUGGGUGAUUCCGUGCUCGGACGAGAUGGCCUGUCCGGCGAAGGCGGAGCGCACCAAGACGCAGAACUGGAUCCGGAACUACGAGAAAAUUGAGCUGAAGGGUGUGAUUAAUGUGGUGGAGGGGGUUAGAGGAAAGAGUCGAAACUUGAUCUUUAUGUAUCGUGGAGAUAAGCUGUUUCCGGAGUUUGCAGAGUCGAAUAAGCGGAGAAAUGGGAUAAUCUCUUUGAUUGGAAGCUCCGGAAAGGUCGGAUGGUACGAUCAGAUGGUGAACGAACCGAAAAGUAUUGACUGCACGUUGAUUGAUGCUGAUUUGAACGGAUCGCCGGAUUGCUUGGUGAUGGACGAGUACGGGCAGUUGGAGUGCAUCAACCCGCUCUCUGGGGAGUGGAUUUGGCAUUCGCCGAUUUACGAUCGUAAAAACAUCUUAAAGCAGAACGACAUGUUGGAUUUCCCGCUGGUAAUUCCGGACGUGGACGGGGACGGCGUCAAGGAUCUGUUCUUCAUUACAAGCUUUGCCGAAAACAAGCACAACAAGUUUGUCAUGAUUUCUGGCAAGAAAGGAGAACUUAUAGGAGAUUCUCACAUAGAAAAGGAGUGCAUUUACGUUCAUAAACUUAUGAUGGACGCGGAAUUCAACGUGAUGUUCAACUGCGUGCUUAUAAAAUCAGAACAGCAACGCACCAAAACCCUCGCUGAACUCUACAAACUCAUCAAGCACAAGGCCUUAGACAUGAAAAAGAUUCGCAAGCAAGCCUACAUUCCGCAGCACAAGUUCUUUGGACAGCGCAAAAACACCGAGAAACAGCGAACCAUUACGAACGUCGGUGGAAAACAGCUAGUCAUCGAGAAUCGUGGCCGCUGUCCCGGAAACUGCUCUACUUCCGCCCUUCUCGCCGACGAAGAAACCGGCAAAGUCCUGUGGAACGUCUCCGGCCGUAUGCUGUACGGAAUGCAACCGGUCCGUCUCACCUUCAGCAACUUUGGCUCCGACAACCGGUCCAUAAUCUACGGCUUCGUCGUCAAAUUCUGGGAGUGGUCCCAGGACGAACCGGACAACCGAAGUACGCGUGACAAACGUGAAACCUCCUCCCCAAACCCCUUCGCCAACCUCUUCGUCCAGAAGCCAACCUGGACGCUGCCGGAAACCGACCCAAUCCCACCCCGAACCCGCCGCAGCCUGAACCAAACCCUCCGCCCGGGCGUCUACCAAACCCGGAUGCGCUACCUGAAGGAAACCGUCAAGCUGAUCGUGUUCAACUCCACCGACAUCAAGAUCGAAAAUACCAGCCAAUCGAACGUGAUCCAGUACUGUCGGGAAAACAAGGAAGUCAAAGAGGACGUCGUCUGCCAACCGGAUCUCAACUACCAGGAAAACUCGCUCAUAAUCGCUGACCUGGACGACGAUGGCUCUCAAGAGCUCGUCUCGUACUACUCCACAUUCGUAAAGGCGGAAGCCGGUCCCGGUGAUCGGUCCGGCAUGAAACUGAAGACGUUUGUCCAGCUGCUGCGGCUCGAGUCCGAACUGCCCAAGCUGUUCAACGCAAUCGAGUCGAUCAAGAACUGAGCCGCGACUCGACGACGUUAAGUCGGUGAUGUGUGAUCUCAUAUUUUGCUAGUCGCUAGCUGUACGUAGUGUAAAGUUACAAUGUGUAAUACUCAAUGUUUUUAGAAAUUAGGGACAGUAUUUAUCAGAAAUAUUUCUUCACUCUCGUUAACUCGUACUUGGUAGCGCGCACCUCUAGUCAUUGACUAAACCUACACACCUAGUUGUAUUUUAGAUACCUACCAAAGCACCGCGCAUUUGUCGACAUUGCAUCAACAUGGAUAUUUGAAAUACAUUUCAAGUCAUUAGAUAAACCUAGGGAA